UAUAGUCAAAUAGUAAUUUUUCCAUAAUCCUUCUUUCUUUCUUUUUUUCUUCUUCCUUCGCCUCCUCUUCUUCUUGUGACCUCUAUUCACUACAGUUAGGAGUAAACAAAAGUUAAGACACUCUUCAUGUUUAAAGAUUAUUAUUUUAUUUUCUUAUGUUCACGUAGGAAAACAAUUUAAAAUUUCGACAACAAUAUGAGUUUAUAUUCAAUCCGAUUGAUAUAGGGGAAAUAGAUAAAUAUUUCCACAGUCUACAACAUAUGUGAGAUAUGUAAUAUCUAAAACAAAUAGAUUGCCUGCUGCAAUAAUUAUUUAGCAUAAUAAAUAGUCACUAUACUAGUGUUUCUAGUUGUUACUGAAGAUUAUUGAAAGGUUUUUGAAGUCAAAGUGCAUUUUAGUUCUACCUAGGUAGAUUUUCUUCGUGCCUUUUCUCUUUUGCAUCUCGAAUUAGCCAACCACUUCGGUAGUUUUUCUUUUGUUCUCUAAGAUUCUGAUGGUUGGAAGAUGCAAGCGUGAUUGAUGAGGGAAUGGAGACCCUCAUCAAGGUAAGAGGAUGUGUGUGUGUUUGAAAUGGAGUGACAGCUGAGCUGCUGAUGACCAGUGCUGGAGGUGGAGAGUGUCAAGCAGCUGGGUGCCGUGCCGCCAGCCACAACAUGAACCUUCGAGAACACCAGUGCGGCUCAUCGAAAGUGUUAUUUGUUAUAACUCGGGAAUGUAUUCUACCGUGCAAGCUGUCCUAGUGCUUGACCUGAGCAACUUCGUAAGUCUGUGUUCCAGUGAGAGUGAGAUAGAACACCACAUCGCCAAAAUAAAGUUGGUGAGCUUGAAGUUGUUGCUAAAUUUUGGCGCGAAAACCGAGCGGGCAGUGGAAGGCGUUCGGUGGUCAUGGAAAUUUUACGAUUCCCGCACCUUCAGGCCGGACACCAGUAGGAGGCAGUUCUUGGACUUAGGAAGGAAGGCUUUUGGUGAAUUUGAAACCGAACUUACUGACAAAUAUUGCAAGGCCUUCGACAACCAGCAAGAGGGAUGUGAACAGUCCGGGUGUCGGCGGCCACACAGCUUUGUCCUGAAGAAAGCUCUGCAGGAGGUGUUGCUGGACUACAACUGGGACGGCCCGGACAUCAGUUCACCUGUUAAGACAACUAGAAGGAAAAAUGGCAGUGUGGGGCAAGCACCGCCACCUUCCAGCGGUGGGACGUACAAUGCUGUGGUGGUGGUGGCCAAUGUGCCAAGGGACUCUGAGGGGCCCUGCGAAGGAUCCCCAGAAGACUUUUUUGCCAACGUGCUUGACGCCGCGAUGGUCAAAGCCUUCCAGGAAGAUAGAAAAAUAUCACUUAGCCUUAUAGACCUGUGGGAGGCUGCCAAUUGUCCUCUGCCCUCCAGACUCAACACAGAACUUGCCAAGCUGAGUGGCAGCCUGCAUAGCAUAACAGAUUUUAUCCAGACACAGCCCAGGCAAGUAGCCAGGACCCAGGGCUCGUCUGCUGCCACACCAGAGUGUGGCCAGAAUGGGGCUGCAGUAUCCAGCCAACAAGUGCAGCUGCCAUGGCGGAGUGCCCGGACCAGCCGACCCAGGAAAGCUCAGCCUGGCCCAACCCUGAUGUGGGAAGAUGUUACUGGAAUAUCACACCUGAGCAUCCAGCUUCAGGUGCUGGCUGUGUAUGGCAGCUGUUCCCGAGCGUGGGGCAGUGCAGCAGUCGUAGGAGUUGUACAUACCAGCCAAGUGGCUCUGUUGGCUCUAGCCCAGGAGACAGCCAGCCUGUACAUGUGUGUGGCUGCUGGUGAGACCUUCGGGGCCAUUGUAACAGUCCUUGCCACACACCAGCUUUCUCUGGUGCUGCAGCUUAGUGGUGGCAGCCUGGCAUUGCUUAGUCCAUGGGGAGAGGGAGCAGGGUGUCUGGCCCUUGUGUCUGCAUCAGGUUUGGCUGCCUUGGCCCCUGACAUGCCUGACUGCCCUCCCAGCACUCUUCAGUUUGUGUCAGCAGCUGUAAGAAAAUGUCUUAAGAAUGCUGCUCCACAUGCUGAGCAAGAAUCAUCCUCCAGCAACCGGUGGUUCUCAGCCAGCAUGGUCCAGUGCUGGUUCAGGCCAAUCCCCUACCCAGCUCUCCCUUCCCUGCAUGCUAGGAACAAAUUGGCACCACAUCGGAGAGCAAUGUUGGAGAGGCUUCAGAAGAAAUACAGACCUCAGAUUCCCCAGCCACUGGCCACAGGAGAGACAGGCCCACUUGACCUUGUGGACAUCACUCAACCCCCAGGAGAGUCUCAACCAUCCCAAGCUACUUUGGCUAAACCCACCAUGACUCGGGCUCAGCAACUACUCAAGAAGAGCCACAUAGUCACUGCACAACAGAGGGUGAAGGAGCAGCUUGCUGAGGAAGAGGAACGAGUCCAGGCUACAGAGAGGAGAGCAGCCCAAGCCUGUGAGCGUGCCCUCAAGAGUCAGGCACUGGAGACGCAGAUCCUAAACACUGUUUCUGAUCCACAGGAUGAAAGGGAGCUGGUCCAGUCUCUGAUGGAUCUGCGGGAAACAGCUGGGGUGGAGGCAGACAUCUUCACUACUGCCCAGACCAUUAUCAAUCUGGCACUGGUUCAUAUCAAGAACACCACUGUCACUGCCACUCCUGCUGCUGCAACCAUGCAAGAGGGAUUGGACCGAGUGUUGGGAUAUGGGGUGCUGCAGUCAGCUGCUGAGAUCCUCCACCGCCCACAGCAAGAGACACACCUUCAUCAGUACAAAUUGCAGACUCUGCUACAUCUGGAACUACUGUGGGUGCUAGGAUACUCAGCAUGCAGCAAGCAGAGUGAAGGGAGAGAAGAGGAGGAAGAAGAGGAAGUGAGUAAAAGGAAGGAGCAUCAUGUUGAAGAAGUGAUUAAGCUGCUGAGAGCCAUAUCCCUUCAUCAUGAUCCUUCCACCAUGGCAAAAUUUCUUCAGGAAAUUGUUUUGGAAAACUACCUGGAGACACUUGGAGAUGUGCUACUAGAAGUGUAUGAGGAACUCAACCAACCACUGCCUCCUCCACUGCGAGAUAUAGCAGGUGAUCUGCAGUCCAUUCAAAGCAACUGGCUUCCUCCAUCUGUCAAAUCACAGGGAAGCCCAACCCAAUAUAGUGAGAGCCCCACUGGCUCAGGGGAAAACCCUGGCUCUAGCCGCUCCAGGGAGGGCAGGCGGCAACGCCUACGGCCACACCCAUCUCUGCAGGAGGCCAACAAGCGUAGCAUUGUAGUCCCCAAGGUUACAAGAGCCAUUAGUCGCACCCUUAGUGAGCAGGUCAGAUCCUCUGCUGGCCAGCCUUUCUCCUCUAGUGCUUCUGGAGCUGCUGCAGAAUGUAGUGGUGCUCCAGUAAAGAAUGUGUGCAGGAAUCUCUUUGAACUUGGAGAGACUUCUCUGGCCUCUGCUAAGAGCCACCUCCAAAAAAGUCACACCCAGCCUGGACAAAACACCACUCCUAAGAAGCCCUCACUGUUGGUUUCAAAGGUGCGGCAGCCUCCUCACAUCACCCCUGUUAAGAAGUUCACCUUUAGAUCUACCACUCCUCGUUUUAAAGCAGGAAACAGGCUGCUUAUCCCAGAGACACCAGAGAACAAGGUUGGUUCUACAGUUUUCAACCACAACCGUUGCCAUAAGAGCAUGGGUACCACCUGCAUUGGAGAGAGCCCUGACAUUAAGAUGUCUUGCCAUGAGCUGAGCAAGUCCACACCUCGCAGGCUGCGGGCCAGUCUUACUGCUGCUCGUAGAAACUCUUUCUACUCUGGUGCUUCAGGCGCUCGCUCCCGUAACUGGGAGCGAGCCAGAACUCAGCUGCUGGCUGAUCACAUCAAGGGUCAUGCUGAUCGUCGUCCCUCAGACACUGGUUCCCAGCAGCCAUCUGUAAAUGCUGGCUUCCUCUUCUCAAAUAUUUUGUCUGCCAGUCCAUUCCUCUCUCCUUCAGCGCAGGUAAAAAGUGCACAGCAAACCUCAAAACAAACAAUGACUCCAGAUAAGAAUAUUUUGGCCCCCAACCUGAACAUUAGUGUUGGUAAUGAUUCAGAGAAGAAAGAUGACAAUAGUAUUACAACAAAGCUCACUAUUGGUUCUCCACCUGGUAGUGUUUGUGCUGGAGCGGAGCUUCAAAAUGAAAAAGGGCUGGCAGCUUCCAUGGAUCUUGGACACACACCUGUCAAAAGAGUAAGGCGUGUCCUGUUGUUGAGCACACCAUCCAAGGCAUAUUUGGGCACCAGCAGUUCACCAGAGAGAGACAGUAGCACACCAGGCAGCACUGCCACAGACUUCUCAGGAUUCUCAACACCUACAAAGAAAUCACUUCCCUCAGUAGACAGGGAGCAUGUGUCGGGGGUUACUCAAGCUCCUGCCAUCUCCAUGCUCACUCAGCUACAUGACACAAAAUGUGCAGAAGUUCUUCAUACCACUCAAAACAAGAAAGUCCAAUUCACAUUGAAGUUAAGUCCCAACACUCCACAGACCCCAAAGAGAACAGGAACUCCCAAGAGUAUCCUAAAAACUCCUAACAAAACUCCCUUGAAAAGUUCAUAUCACAGUCCACUGAUUAGUAGCAAACAUGCUGGCUCGUGGAGAAGAGAGGAUACAGCUGUCACCCCAUGUAAACGUGGUCCUGAGGAAGACGUGUACCCUAGCAACCCUGUGGUGAAGGUGGGAAAUCUUGUGUCACAUAGUGAACAUGAACUGGAGUUGCUGUCUCCAUCAAAAACUGUCAGACAACCUCUGGACUCAAUGCACCGAAGUCCUUCCCUUUCAAAGUACCCCAAGAUGUCUCUCAGAUUAGGGAAUAGUCCACGGAAAUCUUCCAGGAGCCCAGAGAAGUCCAAAAAUAGUCUUUCAAAAUUAAAUGCAAAUCCUGGAACUUUCUUCAGUAGUGACAGAAAACUAGCAAAGCGACUUGAGACUGCAGGUACUGACUGUAUAGUAGAGUGUGAUAACACUGAUAGAAUAGCAGAAGUAGAUGUAUCUUUGUUGCCAGACAUGCCUAUAGAAGACAUUAAUCUAGUAAGCUCUCUCUUAUUUGGAACUGUUGAAGUUCCAGAUUUGGAGAUACCAGUUUUGGAGCUAUGUGAGGAUAGUUACCUAUUGGAGCAUCCUGCCAAUGUGGAUACUUUUGAGGUUUGUGACAGUGAUGAUGGUGAUGAUGCUUUAUUGUCACCCAAACUUCCAGACCUAGAGGCUACAGUAGCCUUACACUCCAACACAGAUGCCCUGGAUUUUGGAUGCAUGAGUCCAAUACUUCUCUCAACCCAGAGGGAGUGGUACAAUCACAGGGCAGACAGUGGUGGUGGGAUUGCCCAGUUCACCACCGAGGUGAGGGACAUUGAGACCAACUCUGCAGUUCAUGAUGUCACUCCAAAGGAGGUUGUUUUAUGUCAAGAUGUACAAGAUGUAUCUAAUUACACUGACUCUACACAUGAUGUGACUGAGGCCAGUGGACCAGAAUAUAAUGUGACAAAAUACUCAGGCUCCUCACAUGGUGCUGUUGGGUCUUCAUGUGAUGCAACUGGAGACACUGAUUCCUCACAUGUGUCGGAGGAUAUUAAUAUUUUAGUUGAUGUGGCUGUGGAUGUUGACUCAUCACAGCUUGUGGCUGAGAACUGUAGCUCAUUACAGCAUGCUGGGGAAGAGGCUGGCACCUUGCAGUAUGUUGAGGAGGGAACUACUUCCUCACAGGGUGUGGAUGAGGAUACUGGUUCAUCUCAGGGUGUAGAUGAUUCUGUUUCAUCACAGGGUGUGGAUGAAGAUACUGGCUCAUCACAGAGUGUGGAUGAGGCUACUAGUUCCUCACAAGGUGUGGGUGAAGAUAUUGCCUUAUCACAGAGUGUGGAUGAGGGUACUAUUUCCACACUAGAUGUGGAUGAAGAUACUGCCUUAUCACAGAGUGUGGAUGAGGGUACUGGCUCAUCACAGAGUGUGGAUGAGGGUACUAGUUCCACACAAGGUGUAGGUGAAGAUACUGUCUCAUCACAAAGCAUGGAUGAGGGUACUAACUCAUCACAGAGUGUGGAUGAGGGUACUACACGAGGUAUGGGUGAAGAUACUGCCUUAUCACAGAGUGUGGAUAAAGGUACUGGUUCCACACAAGGUGUGGGUGAAGAUUCUGCUUCAUCACAAGGUGUGGGUGAAGAUUCUGCUUCAUCACAGGAUGCGGAUGAAGAUACUGGUUCAUUACAGAGUGUGCAUGGGGAUACUAGUACCUCACAAGGUGUGGGUGAAGAUACUGCCUUAUCACAGAGUGUGGAUGAAAGUACUAGUUCCACACUAGGUGAAGAUGAUAGUGGCUCUUUCCAGUGUGUGGAUAAAGAAAGUGGAUCCUCAGAGAGUAUGGCUAAGAGCAAGAAAUCUUCCCAGGGUGUGGAUGAGGAUACUAACUCCUCCCAGAGUGCAGAUGAGGGCACUAGCUCCUCCCAGGGUACAGAUGGAGGUACUGACUCUUCCCAGGGCAUGGAUGAUGGUACUGUUUCUUCCCAAAGUGUGGAUGAGGGCACUGGCCCCUUGAACACAAAGGCUGAGAGCUGUAGUUCUUUACAGAAUGUGGCUCAAGAUGCUGGGUUCUGUGAUGUGCCUGAAGACACAGGUUCCUCACAGAAUAUGGCUGAACUCGGUGAUUCCUCUCAGACUGUAGCUGAGGAUAAGGCCUCCUUCCAUUGUGUGGUUGAGGGUGUUAGCUUAAAUGGUGAUGCUGCACACAAAGGCUUUUCUUAUUGUAGAACCAAGACUACAAACACAAUUUCUGCAUUAAAUGCAAAUGAAGCUACUGAUGAGCUCUUCAUGACUGAAGAUGGGCAUGCUGUGCUUGAUACGGCUGGAGACAGUUGUGUUGAUGCUAAUUCAGAGGAUGCUAAGUCCAUGAGUUUUGUGAAACAGAGUGAUAAUCCUAGUCUGACCUUUGGAGCAAGGGAUGAUGGGAGUUCAUCUGCAAAAGAGGAAGACUAUCCUACAUAUUCAAAGUCAGGCCUUAUAACUGUAUCCAGCAAGCUAGAUAAACAAUUGUUGGAACCACCAGUCAAAGUAAAAGUGGUCAGGAAAGCACCGAGAGUCAAAUAUAAUGAAGAAAGUUUAUAUAAGUCACCCAAAAUGGCUUCCCCUACACAUAAGAGAGCUGUGAAGGCACGCCAAAAGGGUAAAAGGAGUAUAAGUACAAAUAGUGAGGAGGAACCAAAUCAGACAGUCAAUCAGGAAAAUGUAAGUCGUAGAAGAGUACUUCGGAAAAGGAUCAGAAGACAGGCUGCAGUGCAAGCAUGUCGCAAACUUGCUGAUUCAGUGCAGGAGAUUAGUAGUGAUGAUGGUGAGAGCCAUGGAUGGCAUCAGCAGAAUUUGAAGAAAAGAAUAUUUGAUGAUAUCCUGACUCCUGAAAAGAUUAAUGUUGGUGAGACCACUCUUCCCUUGAAAAAUGUUGAGAACUUGCCUUACACCCCAAACAAGCCAGGAUAUGGAGAUAAUGUUGCAAAAGAUGCAGAAUCAAUACCAGCAUCAAAUGUACAAAAUACAGGGGAGCCAAGUGAUACUGUAGAAAGUUUUGUCGAGCAGGAACACAAUUUUACUGUGGUUAAUGACUUUUCUGAAAAACUGUGCAAACAGUCUGAUUCUCCAUCUCUCCAGAGCACCUCACUUCCCAGUGCUGGUACUGCAGGGACCAAGAGAAGGCAACCAGGAAAACAAAGAAAGAAAAGUAAAGGUGUGAAAUUGACUCUUACUCGCAGUGGAGACCAGUACCAAGUCACUAAGACUCAGAUUUCCCGGGCUAGCUCAGACCCAAAUUCCAGUGGUGAUCUGGAUUUAAAUCUUAGCUGCUCUGACUUAAAUGACAAUUUGGAUUCUUCAAAAUCAUCUGCCCCAGGCUCCUCGGGAAAGAUCAGCAAGAAAAGAGAAUCCUUUACACUGCUAACACCGCACAGAUUCACUCGUCACAUGUCCCGAGACAUAAGUUUAUCCCCUGAUGUUUACCAGCAGUUAAUUACUCUUUCCCCUCAGAGGCUAUCCAAGAAACCCAAAGUAGAUAGUGAAGUGAAUAAGGGAAAGAACUGCAAUAAUACUAUGGGUCAACCCAUGUAUGCCUCCACCCCAAGGGACCCUGAAAAAUCUGAGGAAUGGAUAGUACGCAACAGGAGUGACUCUCCUUCUACAAAGACUUUUGUUCGCACACAAAAACGGAAACAUCAGAUUAUUGCCACACCUCGUGUGAAAUUGCCUCGCGUGCAACGAGCUAGUCCCACUUGUCAACAAGGAAAACAGGAAGCUGAAUCCACUGAAGACUGGUCUCCACUCUUCUUGAGGAAAAACCGAACAAAUUACUCAAACCCGUCCAUCCAGAGUUUGUUACAUUUGUCCUCGGAUAAGAUUCUGUUGGACCAGAGUCUUAACCACAGAAGAAAAGAUUCUCCUAAUAAGAAACAGCAAAAUCUUAUGCCUGAAGAAUCUUCAGCAUCACCAUCUUCAAAUAAUGUGAAGUUGCGCUCCAGUAGAAGGCUCCUUUAUUCUUCGACAGCAAAGUGAGUGUAAAUGUACAAAGUUGGUGUGAGAUCAGCACUCCACUGGCAGACUGUUUGGUUCAGUUCAUGCAUUAUGAAGUGCCUGCCUCAAAGUUAUGCUAAGUGAAAAUGUGUGAAGGAUUUUAAUAAGGAAAAUAAUCUAGCCCAUGAACAUGUAAGUAUCCUGCCUCCAUCUCAUCAAAGGACAGGACCAAAGUCACAUAUCAGAAUUAUGUGCCAGAAAUGCAAGGUACCGCAAUUCUUUACUGAAAACAUCAUACAUCUGAAUAUGCUAAUUACAUGAUUUAUGAAAGUAAUAAGUACAUAUAAAAAAAAAAAAAAGUAAUAUCAAUUGAUAUCUGGUGAUGCCAUUGAUGUUCUUUGAAAAAUUUAUAGCAAAAAACCAUGUAAAUUACAUGUGGAAGUGCAUUCUGGAAGUGCAUUCUCCACAGCAUAGAUUGAUUCCACCUUUAUUCAGUGAGAAGCAGAGCAGUGGGCAUUCGUGAAUGAAGAAAAAGCACUGUAUGUUAUCCUCACCUUUAUGAAUCAGUGCAUUAAUUUCUUGUGUUUAGAGGUCUGAUUUGUGUAAAUCCAGUGAUGUGUACACUUGCUGCUUAAGUCAAUUUAUUUUUGCCAUUGUUAUUUCUUUAAUAGCCAGUUCAAAGCUGGAGACACCAGAACACGGACACUGUGCACAAAUGCAUCCAUCUCAAGUUUAGAGGGUACCCAGUAGGAAUCGAGUAGCCAUGCAACACUUAA